AUUUAAUUAAUCUUUUUGUUUUUAUUUUUUUUAAAAAAACACCAUGCUGAUUUAGCUGAGGUUGUCGGUUCGCAGCUGGAUCUGGACAGUUGUGGUGCACUCUCUCUCUUCUCGUCUUUCUUCACAAUCACUCUUGUUCAAUCUCCAUCAUCAUUUCACGGUAGUUCUUUUGUCAUUUUCUUUAAUCAAGAACAAAACUUUCUCUUCAGAUCCAUCCAGGUUUCCUAAAUUUUGGUCCUUUUCUUUUUUCUCUCCAAACCCCACAAACAAACCCAUUUGUCCAAAUCCUUGUUUGGCUUCUUAGAAAAUAUUUUCCCAAAUUUUCUCUUCUGGGUUGGGGUCUUUUGAGCUUGUUCUCAAAUACCCAUUUCACUAAAUAUUCCCGGCAAUGAGAAAAAACUCAUCUUGUUGCGAAUCACGUCUGCAAUUCUCAGUUAAGACCUUCUUUUUUUAGUGUAUGAUACACUCCUCGUUGAGGCAGAGGACCCGUUUUCUCUCCCAUUUUCUUUCUCCCCAAACACCAUUUUUGUUUUUCGGUUUUGUUAGAUCUGGGUAAACAUGAAGGAAUCGACUCCGGGGACUGAGCCCAUUGGGCAAAACCUCAUAAAGCUCAUAAGCAACCUCUGUUUCUCUGUUUUCGUCUUCUCAGUCCUCGUCUUCACAGUCAUAGCCAUUACCUACCAACCCCCAGAUCCAUGGCUCGAAUCAGCUCCCGCCCUCACAAAACUAUUUACCCAGAACGAAAACGCCACCUUCAAAAACGACGAUUCAAUCCUCAAAACGGGCGAGGAUAUGGUCCCAGUAGUAGUGGCUCCUUCCAUUGCUCCGUCCAUAUCGAACCCCAUUACCGAGGUGGCUAUAGAGAAAAGCGAAGCUUUGAUCAACGAUUCCAGCACCCAAUUGAACUGUGAGGAUCUAGAGAAAGUGAACUGUUCGGAUCCCCGAGCUUUGAUCGCGAUUGAGAGAUUCAAUUUGAAGGUUUUCAAGUCGAUUGUGUUCUUGGAGUACCAGACUCCAGUUAACGGAUCAAAACCAGACGAGUGCGAUGUAAUGUGGCGAUUUCGGAACAAGAAGGAGAAAUCAUGGAGGAAGUACAGGGAUUUCAGGAGGUUUAAGCUCACAUUUGGUGAGAAUUGUACUUACAAAGUGGCUCACGCUGAUGGCUGGCAUUCUGGUGUCAAUGCUCGUCGUUUCAGGACUCGAAUUGGCAAUGGGACGAGGUCUAGACCUGCACCGCAGCCUCGGGACGAUCAGAUAAACGACACCAUUCCGAGCUUGGGAUCUGAGACUAGCUUCAGGAGAGGAAGGUACUUGUAUUACUCUCGUGGUGGUGAUUAUUGUAAAGGAAUGAAUCAAUAUAUGUGGAGUUUCUUGUGUGGUUUAGGAGAGGCAAUGUACUUGAAUAGAACUUUAGUAAUGGAUUUUAGUAUAUGCUUGGCUGCUACUUAUAAUCCUAGUAACAAAGAUGAGGAGGGGAAAGAUUUUAGAUACUAUUUCGAUUUCGAGCAUUUAAAGGAAAAUGCUCCUGUGGUUGAGGAGGGUGAGUUUUUGAGAGAUUGGAAGAAAUGGAAUCGUAGCCAUAAGAGGAAAGUGCCUCUUAGGAAAGUUGUUACUCAUAAGGUGACUCCUAUGCAGCUCAAGAAAGAUAAGAGCACAAUCAUAUGGAGGCAAUUCGAUGCCCCCGAGCCAGAGAAUUACUGGUACAGAGUUUGUGAGGGUCAAGCUUCUAAGUACGUUCAAAGACCAUGGCAUGCUUUGUGGAAGUCUAAGAGAUUGAUGAACAUUGUCACUGAGAUCAGCGGCCAAAUGGACUGGGAUUUCGACGCUGCACAUGUGGUUCGGGGAGCCAAGGCACAGAACAAGGAGCUGUGGCCCCACUUGGAUUAUGAUACUUCUCCAGAUAUGCUCCUUGAGAAGCUUAAAGGGAUGGUUAAGCCAUGGAGGCAUCUGUACAUUGCUACAAAUGAACCAUACUAUAACUAUUUUGAUAAACUGAGGUCUCAGUAUAAGGUUCAUUUGCUUGAUGAUUACAAAGUAUUGUGGGGCAAUACGAGUGAGUGGUACAAUGAGACUAUGCAGUUGAAUAAUAAUCGACCAGUUGAGUUUGAUGGGUACAUGAGAGUUGCAGUGGAUACUGAGGUUCUUUACAGGGCAAAGACAAAGGUGGAAACUUUUUUUAAUUUGACCAAAGAUUGCAAGGAUGGAGUCAAUACUUGCUGACCAGGCUUCCUUGUUGUAAUUUGCUUUGUUCUUUUUUUUUUACCCCUGUUUUGGAUGAUGGGCUAUUCAUGUUGAUCACAAGAGGCCUAUUUUGUACAAUAGAUACAAGUUAGCUUGCCCUUUUACUUAAUUUUUUUUCUUCUUGUUUUCUUCUCUUCUUGAAUGUUGACUAUCUUCUGAAAUUUAAUGAAGUAUUAUUCUAUUUUAUCA